AGGGACGAGGAAGACGCGGGGCAUCGAUCCAACAAUGCGGUGUGUCUUUCUGGGAGGCUGGUGAGUACAUCUCGCACCUCGUGGCAGUACAUCGUACCUUGGUGGCUGCCAGCGGCGUAACGGGUGGGGCCGUCGUCGUCCUGCAACUUGCUGGGUGGACGUAACGUUGUGUCACACGUGUGCGACGGCCGGCGGUGAGCACGGUUUUCAUGCUGAGUCCUUGUCGUCUGCUGCUCCUUCAGUUCUCGUGCCGAAGGACCGUCGCUGGGAUGAGUGCAGACCUCUCUGGUGAAAGGACGUCUAAAUCUGGCUCUGGAAUUUCCCUCUGUUAGGAAGCGACAGCCACAACGCGGGCGGUUCUCUCUCACGACUUCCAGCGGCGGCCGGCCUAUGCCAUCGGUCCCCACUCCUCGUCUCUCCACUGCCACAACAGCCACACCACCACCACGACUCCCACCACCACCACCGCCGCCGCCGCUGCUGCUGCUGCUGCUAUUAGAGACACACAACUGAAGCCAGGACGCCCCUCACCGGGUUUUUGGUUUCGCUGGCUGAGUAAGGGCUUAAAAUAUCAAGACUUGACUCGAGGGGGGGUUUCUGGGACAGAACGUCCGCCUUCGAUUGUCUGUUCACUUUCAGCCAUCGGCUCCUCCGUGCAUCUCUGUGUAUGCAGAUGGUAUGCCGAGGUCUCGAGGUCAUCGCAACUGGGCAAUAAUGAAGGUAUGAGAAUCUUCUCCGUGUUUCUACCUGCUUUGUCCCUUGGGCCAAGGCGAUGCAGAUGACAGAAAGCGAAACUUUUUCUUGAAACACGUUCCUUGCCAGGGACUUGCUAUGGACUGCUGUUCCAAACCGUGGCUCUUGCUUUUCGUGUGAUCUCGGACGAAUGUUAUAGCUACGUGCAUCCCAGCUUUCAGCAUGGACGGAUCGUGGGCUCUGACUAAACUGCCGAGAUGUCUUCUGCUUCUGCUAGUCUUUCAUCUUUUUCUGUCACGACUGGUCGCCUCCAGCCCAGAUUCCCCCAGACCCCAUCUGCGGGACGUGAAGUCGACGGAGAAGCAGCUGGUAAAGCAGCUGCUGGACCGCUACGAGCGGCAGGGAAAGGAGGGCCGACCAGUGGUCAACACUUCCGACAUCAUCUCCGUACACUUUGGUCUGUACCUCAUUCAAAUACUUGAUGUUGACGAGAAGGACCAGAUUCUCAAGACCAACAUCUGGUACCAAUAUGAAUGGCGGGAUGAGCUGCUUACCUGGAAUCCUGAAGACUACGACAACAUCUCGGAUGUCAGAUUGCCAUCCGACAAGAUUUGGAUUCCAGACAUCCUUCUGUACAACUUUGCCGAUGAUCGCCUGAAGGAGCAGAGAAACGCUCUAGUCGUGACUUAUUCUACUGGAGACCUUUUGUGGAUGCCCCAAGCCAUACUUCGCAGCUCUUGCUCCUUCGAUACCAAGUUCUUCCCUUUUGACGAGCAAGAAUGCAUCUUAAAGUUCAGUUCCUGGUCGUACAAUGGGUUUAAGCUGGACAUCCAUUUUCUCCCCAAUAAAACCGCUUUCGACUUGGAUGACUACAUCGAAAGCAACGAAUGGGAGAUAACGCAGAACACCGCCAAGCGCCAUGUCAAGAGGUAUACAUGUUGCCCGGAGCCCUACCCGGAUCUCAGGUUCAAACUCAGAAUCCGACGGCGGGUGGCGUUUUAUACCUUCAUCCUUGUCAUGCCGUGCGCUCUUCUCAGUCUUCUAACACUGGUCAUCUUUUGGGUACCUCCAGAAUCACCUGCAAAACUUAUUUUGGGCAUGAACAUCUUCCUUGCCUUCUUCGUCUUACUCCUGCUACUUGCCGAGUCGACGCCUAAAGCAGCAGCGUCCGUCCCACUGAUUGGUGUGUAUUUCUGUCUCAACAUGGUCAUGAUCACCAUGUCAACUGUACUAACAACCGUGGUGGCCAACAUGUUCUACAGAGGAGUGCGCAUCAACCGAGCACCCAAGUGGCUGAGGGUGCUGAUGAUUGACAUCAUCGCCCGCAUUCUUUGCCUGCGCGACAAGGUCGCUGACCCUGAUUACUCCACGUCAUCUGAAAAGAAACCCAGCAGAAGCUGGAACACUGGCCGCGUGGGCGGGAACCCCAAAGGCCAGUACCCUUACACCGAUGUCAAUUUUGCCCAGGUCCGUCUCCUGGACAACGGCGCAGAGAAGUCACGUGGUACACCGCCGCCACCCCCGCCACCUGGCAGUGGUUCCGUUGGCGCUUUCGGCGAAAUGGCGGACAACGGUUUCCAGCAGGGCGGCGACGACUUCUCCAGCCCCGGUGUGGCGCCACUGAUGGAGGAGGUGCGGGCUAUCCGCGACAUCCUGGAGAAAGUCCGCGACAAGAAGAACAAGAUGGACGAGAAAGAGAAGUUUGUCCGGGAGUGGCGCAUCAUCUCCUGCGUCACGGACCGUGUCAUCUUCAUCACCUACCUGCUGAUCAACUUCAUCGGCCUGACCGUCAUCUUCCUCUGGCAGUUCAACCGUAAGGAUCUGAGCCCACCUGAAGAUGACUGAGAAAUGGCUGCUUCUUGAAAUGGCCAGCUCUACAAUCCUCAUCCAUGCGUCGUUGGACGUCUGUAUCUCGUCUCCUGAGUCAGACAAAUUGCGAGUUUUUGCAGUUUGUUGUUAAUUUUAAAGUGAGCUGCGGUAAUUUCUUAGUCAGGUUCGUCAGCUAAAGCAAUAUAGAGGUUUACAUCUGAAGUGACCCCAUUGGCCAACAGCAAUACAGUUUGCUUGAGGUAUAUUAUGUAAAAAUAAGUUACAUGAAGUCGUGAGUUUAUCCAUUGCUCUCAGUUCCCGUGAAGUCCUGGGUUGAAACUAAUUCGUAGGUUAAUGCAGUCAGAGAUUUUUAUACACUUUUAUGGGUUGUCUCCAGUAACACUAGGCAAGAUUUUUUGUCAUUCAAAUAUUCAACGAUCGGUGCAAUCUGUCUUCUUCGAGCAGCAGGGAAAGAAAAUUCUACUUGCAAUGGGGAAUUUCAGUAGCAGGAUCCACCUUCUGUUUCAAUAGUUUAAGUAAAGCUACUAGUAGAUUGACUCGGUCAACUCAUUUCCCGACAUGUGCUUCCCAUGGUGCACUGGCUGCUUAGAGAGUUGUCUUUGUCAUAGGUUAACAAUUAAAUUUUUAAACAGCAUAAACGUAAAAGGUAGAAUGAAUUUUUUUUUCCUUUAGUGGUUAAGUUCAUUGAUUACAACAAUUUUCCGUCUGAAAAAAAUGAAAAACAACACAGCGUUCUGAUGUUCUAAUUUUUACCUAAAACUGCUGAAAACAACCUUCCAGUUCAAGAAUACUCAUAUUUAAACAUUCGUAUUUAAGAGAUAAGCAUUUUGGUCGACUUUUUAUAUCAUUAACGAAUUUUGCUUCCACAAUUUGCAUCACGAUUUUACUUGUUUAUAGUAGAUGAAUAAUUGUUAUACUUGUUAUUUUAUGCGCAAGUUCGUUUCCAAAGCUUUAAUGCCCGCUCGCAGUCAGAACUCAGUAAUAUUUUUGUUAAUAUGGUAUUCCGCCAGACAGUUUUGUUUGGUACAGCAAUAGGAAAACUGCUUGGCAAUAAUCCCUUAAUUAACUAGCUGAACGGCUGAUAUGCGAUUUAAACUAAUCUGACUCAUUUGUGCUCUGGGUCUGUAAAAAGCCCACUGAGUAGGUUUGCUCAUUAUGUCCUAAAUAAAAACAGUCGGAAUGUCACAAAUAAGAACAUUAGUUGUUGCUAUUAAUAGCAGAUGAGGCUUUGUUCUUCUUUUAAACUGCUGAAAAAGUUAUCAGAGUUAAGUGAAGUUUUUUAAUUAAAAAAAAACAACAGACAAUAAAGCUCGGUAACUUUAUGAACCAAUUAAGUCCUUCUCAAUGAUCAGUCAAGCAGAAACACUUUCUUCGGAGUACUGUGUGAAUUAAUGCAUUUAUCUUGCCUCGGAGAAGACAACACAAAAGGCUGGUGACAAUGUGAGCCGUUGAUUUUGUACAAACUGGACAACUUGAAUCUGUUGGACAAUGAAUCGCUUGCUCUUUGCCGGUGUUGGGAACAGCGAGGCAACCGACCGUGUUUUUCUAUUGAGGUCUGAGUUUGCUUUCGCUGUGGCGAUGUGAUAACCGGAAGUGAGCAGGACAUCUUGUAUGUCCUCCAUCUUCAAUGACGUCCCAUGCUAAAAUUAUCUUGUCUUGAAUGAGGCUCAGAAAAGACGAAAAUGACUUUUGGUAUGAAAUAAAGUCGUUGUGUACGUAUUUGCCUCAUGUGUUAGUCAAGUCCAAGUGGAUUUCGGACUUCAUAGACGAACUGCUCGUUUAACUCAUUUUAAAUAAUAAACAGAUAUAGCAACAUGGACUGCGUGUCACUCGAUAAAAUAUCACUUUUUUUCUUUGAAAGACAGACGGGGAGAAAAAUAAUAGCCUCGUCCAAGAGUUGAUCUUCUUCACAACAAGCCAAGAGCGAAAUGGAAUGAUUGUGGGGACAAAAAGAAACGAAAAAUAGUUUAUUUCGGCUGAGGAUAAAUGUGUCAUUUAGAGAAGGAAACGGAGAGAGAUGGACGAGGACCUGUUUCGCCAUAAACGAAUCAUCUGUAAACAAAAAUAAUCAACUAUUUGGACAACCCAUCGUUUCUUGUCACAUGGUAAUGCUUUGUCCUUUCAAUGCCAUCGUCUCUUGUUCCAUGACUUUAAAAAUACUGUUUGGUUCGUCGCACUGUCUUUAAAUGUUCAUCUGUUGGAACAGUUUGUAUUUUAUGCUAGAUUAAUUUUGCGACAUGUUAAUGAUUUUGUUCAGUAAUGUUUGUUGAAGUGAUGUCUUGGAGCGAUGUGGCAAAGACUGGUGUACAAUGUCUGGGAUGUCACUUCAAGGUGUGGAUGACUUGCAUGGUCUGUGAAUCUGAAGUUUAAAAAUUUCGUCAACUCGGUUAAGGUAGUCAUUUAUAUCCAAAUAGGUUCGUAUGUAAUAAAUUUUUUAAAGGUUUUCUAAGUUGUUCUUAAAUUGCAAUUUUCAUUGAAAAUGGACAGUUUUAAUAUUUGUACUGCGCCAUGUCUUUACUUUAUCGCAGUCUUCUUCUACUCUUUUGUCUUCCCGUCUGUCUGUCCGUCUGUUCGUCUGUCUAUCUUCAUGUCUGCCUGUCUGUCUGUCUGUCUGUCUGUCUACGUUUAACCUGCGUAAUUUAAGUCAAGCUCAUUUGUAUGUCUAUAUAAUCCGUCUGAUCUUAGUAGUUAAUCUGUUUCGUCUAGUAUAGUCUACUCUGGUCUAAUCCAUGUAAACUAAGUCAAGAUAAUGUGUCUGGUUUAUGUAAUCUAUCUGUCUGUCUGUCUGUCUGUCUGUCUGUCUGUCUGUCUGUCUGUCUGUCUGUCUGUCUGUCUGUCUGUCUGUCUGUCUGUCUGUCUGUCUGUCUAGUUUUUUUUUUAAUCUGGUUUUUCUUCAUGUCGCCUGCAAAUUCACACACCCUAAAUACAACUACUAUUUUCAAUCUUCAAAUACGUGAAUACAUGCAAACGGACACACACUAAUUCUCUCUCUCUCUCGUUUACACACACACACACAUGCAAACACACACACACACACACAUAUGCAAACACACACACACAUGCAAACACACACACACAUAUGCAAACACACACACACAUGCAA